AAAAAAAAAAAAAAACUACACCCACUUUUAGACGAGCUGGGCGCCCUGUGAAAUUCGCCCAUUUUGCGCCUGCCCUGCGACUGGAUUCUUACUUGCAGAUUGCAGCUUGCAGCUCUCGUUGACCUCGUUACGGUUCGGUAGACAUAGCGCUAUAUCUUCGUUUACCGUCACUCAUAAUAAUAAUCUUUUACUUCCCUCGACAUCCUGGCAAUGAGGUUGUCAUUGUCCGUCUUGCGCCUUCCCGAGUUGUCCGAAGCCGAUCUUGAGCCCGAAUCCGAAUUCAGAUCCUAUACCAGUUGAGUGCGUGUUUUUGUUGAUUGAACGCAGUCUAGUCCGGGUCAUAGCCCGGCGCGUGGAUGAUGCGGUCGGGGCUGGAAAAGCCAGGUGCAAUUCCGUUUUUGGCGCUUGUUGUCUUUUCGCUGCUUAGCUUGGUGCCGUCGUUAUCAUGGGAUUGGGGGUCUAAUUGGAAGAAUGGGUGGUAUACUGGGAGUGAGGUCCGACCAAUUGGUGCAGAUUUUUCGCGAUUCGUCAAGGAUGGUUCUGUUGAUACUCGUUUGAGGGUCCGGGCAACAAGCGGUCAGUGUUGGCCGUGGUUGUGUGGUGAUUCCCUGCCUCGUUCGCGUCCUGCUGCGGUUCCGAGCUCGUUUGAGACUGCAUCUGUUUUGCCAAACGAUGCUCCCACGGUGUAUCCGUGGAAACAUUCUUCGACCCUUACUCGAAGCAUUCGUGCUUUCACAGCCUUCAUCCAGCAGUUGGAUGGCCGUCAGUUGCUACCGUCUUUUUCUACUCGGAGCGUACCUCCGGUCGAGACAGCGUCGUCGCAUCCUCCAUCGAACCUUUCCGACGUUCCUUCCUUACCGUUACCUUCAUUGCGUGACGACUCUUUUGAGCAGAUGGUAUAUGACAAUAAUUAUACGACCUUGAUGAUCAACAAAACCGAUACAAAUCCUAAACUACAGUUUUGCGAUCGUUUCAGUGGUGCAUGGCAGCAGGCCUGUCUCACCGUCCACGAUACAGUGAAGACAUUUUCUACUUCCUAUGACGCUAUAGACUCAACAUAUCUACCUAAUUCUUCAAUACAGCCGCCCGUUUCACCUCCUUCGGAUACUCACCAACUAAAGCUACCACUGCAACACAACGUGUCCGAACCUACCGUCGCACCCAAAACAAUACCGUCCGCAAAUGCAGCUGCAGUCCUCUCCGGCGACUCGCAGGAUGCAGGGAGCGGUCGAAACCCCAAGCAAGUCCGUGGUAGCUGCAUGGCUAUCGUAAUCGGCUUGGUGGUGGGAAUCAUGUGGUUUUGAUAAUCGUAUACAUCCAAUCUUAUUGGGCGUCCAUGGCUUUGGAGUUUUUUGUUUUUUUUUUUUUUUUU